AUGCUGUUGCACAAUGUGUACGAUGAGGCGGUGGACCCGUGGGCCGUCGGCGCCAUCUUCUUUGAACUCGUGUUCGGCGUCCUGCUUCUGCCACUGGGUCGGGUCGCCAGCCUCGACGGCACGCGGGUGGAGGUCGACGACACCGACGUUCACCGCCUUAUCCGGCUUAUCUAUUUGCUCGGGACGCCCACCGCGGGAGGGGCCGCGCUCGCACCGCCCGACUACGACGAGGGCGUGCGCCGUUCUCUGCCGCAGCAGCGCGCCGGCCAGCUGUUCCCGACGGCGGAUGGCCACAGCGACAGUGCGCUGGCUGCGGCCAUGCCGCGACUGAUCGGGACGGAGGGAGUGGCGCUGCUGCAGGCGCUCUUGCGGUGCAACCCGCAGGAGCGCAUCACCUCCGCCGACGCUUUGCGUUUCCUUUCCUUUUCGUAG